UCUUCCUCUGAAGUGUCUGGCACUAGCCGCUGUCCAUGACAACAUAUCAGAUCACUGCUCUGAUACAGUUUGUCAAUUCCUGUCUUCCUGUAUUAAUGCAACAGAAAGGAGAAGAAGCACUUUUACAGAGAAAGGAAACCAACACGAAUUUUCCAGAAGAGGAAAGAAACCGAGGAUGAUGCAGGAAUAAGUGAGGCAAGUCAGAAUACAUAAAGUUUAAAACAAAUGAAAAAAAAAUUCCUGGGAUUCAACAGGAUCAAUUCAGCAAGGAUUCAGAAGGAAGGCAGCAAGACCAUGGGAACAACUGGCUAACAGAAAUACGAACUAAGAGAGAAGGAAACCAAAGACCAGAGAAAAGCUAUUUUAACUUGUAUAUAACUUACUGAAGAUUCAGAAGCCCACUGAUCUGUCAAGCUGAUUAAAGAAGUAGUGAGAACAUUGGGAAUGGAAGGUGGCUUCAGUUAAGGGUUGAAAGGGAGAUUUCGUGGACCACGUAGAACAUGUAUUGAAAGAACACGUCUUGGUCAAUGCAAGAUGUGGUCCAUAAUAUAGCUGUGUCACCCAAGAAGUAACCCUGCAAAGGACAUGUGCCUCCCAGGCUCCUCCCUGCUCUAAUGGUGGGGCUGUCUUGCAGUAGCCUUGCAGGGUCUGAUUACUCUUCACAUCUGCUCCACUUCCUGGUGCGUUGAGGGAAGAUGGCAGAACUCACACUUCAGAGUCCUGCUCAAGUGAGGAGGAUGCAUCAGCUUUGGGGAGCCAGCUGUAGCCCUCUUCUACACACAAAGCAGAGAUCAAGGACUGAAGCACUGAAAAUGGAAGCCACUCAGAUCAAUAUGUCAAGUGCUCCACUCAUUAAUGGUGGCAUCAAUGCUCAGCUCAAGACACACAGACCUCGUGUGAUGUCCAAAAGUGGCCAUAGCAAUGUGAGGAUCGACAAAGUGGAUGGUAUAUACCUGCUUUACCUUCAAGAUUUGUGGACCACAGUUAUAGACAUGAAGUGGAGAUACAAGCUUACCUUGUUUGCUGCUACUUUUGUGAUGACCUGGUUCCUCUUUGGAGUUAUCUAUUAUGCUAUUGCAUUUCUCCAUGGAGAUUUAGAAAGGAAUCCAUUCUCUGAUAAGCAUGUACCCUGUGUUGAGAAAGUAAACUCACUAACUGGAGCAUUUCUCUUUUCUUUGGAGUCACAGACAACCAUUGGUUAUGGCUUCCGUUUCAUCACAGAAGAGUGUCCUCAUGCCAUUUUCCUACUGGUUGCCCAACUGGUUAUCACAACUUUGAUUGAGAUCUUCAUCACUGGUACUUUCCUGGCCAAAAUUGCAAGACCCAAAAAAAGGGCUGAGACUAUUAAGUUCAGUCACUGUGCUGUAAUUACCAAGCACAAUGGAGAACUUUGCCUUGUAAUCAGAGUGGCAAACAUGCGGAAAAGCCUUCUGAUUCAGUGUCAGCUGUCUGGAAAACUUCUUCAAACCUAUGAAACCAAAGAAGGGGAGAGGAUCCUUCUCAACCAAGACAGUGUCAAAUUCCAUGUUGACUCCUCUUCAGAAAGUCCUUUUUUGAUUUUACCUUUGACCUUUUACCAUAUAUUGGAUGAAAAUAGCCCUUUAAGAGAUCUCACCCCCCAGAACCUAAAAGAAAAGGAUUUUGAACUGGUUGUCUUCUUGAAUGCCACAGUAGAGUCUACCAGUGCUGUCUGCCAAAGCAGAACUUCUUAUAUUCCAGAGGAGAUCCACUGGGGUUAUGAAUUUGUACCUGUAAUUUCUCUUUCUCCAAAUGGAAAAUAUGUUGCUGAUUUUAGUCAGUUUGAGAAAAUCAGAAGAACCACAGAUUCUACCUUUUAUACUAUGGACUCUGAAAAACAGAAACUAGAAGAAAAGUACAGACAGGAAGAUCAGAGAGAGAGAGAACUGAGAACAAUAUUAUUACAGCAAAGCAAUGUUUGAUUGUAUGUGCAAAAUUGAACAUUAGUAACUUUUAUCUACAAACUGAAACCAAAGCAUAUUCUCUAUGCUGUAUACCUGUUACGAAGGCAGAGUGGAGACCUUUCAGCAAACAGCUUUGGCCUGGAGUAUCUAUCCCUUUGUCAAGUUGGGGUGUUAAGUAUUUUUAAUUAGAUGGGAUUUCUUUGCUUAUAUUAUUAACCUAAUACAAUAGGGUUUAUGUUAUGAUUUUGCCAUCUCCCAAUUGUUAGAGCAAACAUGUUACUUACCAUUUGGUAAGUAUAGUUUGAUACAUUAGGCAGAUUUCUUCAAAUAUUUAUUUGUCAGGGUUUAAUUAUAAAUAUGUGAUCUCAGACACAGCAUACAGUUCUUUUUCAAAUAGAUAUGCUCCUUUAAUAAGUGUAUUCUCAUACCAGAUAUAUAUUUGCAUGGGCUUCUUGGGAUUGAAAAUAUACCAGUAUGAAAAAACGGUUCAGUUAAUGAGGAAAGAUUCUUCACCUGGUAAAGGCCUUCUUGAAUGAAAGGCAAUGACUUGCAUACUAAUAGUUUUGCUGGGUUGUGGUAAAUGGUGCUCUCUGUUGCACAAGGGGCCUUUUGUUCCUUAAAUACUAAUUUUUUAUCAUGUUACUGGUUUAUAUGUAGUAGCUAAAGAGGAAGCAAAAGGCAGGUAACAAAAAAUCAAAAUAGUAAUUCACAAAGGUUAAAACUGACUUUGAUAGACCUAUUGCUAUUAUAAAGUGUAAAUAGUUUAUAACAGUAGCAUAACAAUACAUUUCUACAGAUUACUUGCUUUGCUAUAGGUUGUAAUGAGUCUUGGUUAAAAGAAAUCUGAAUGACUUCUGUAGACAAUAUUGACAUUUUUUACAUCUUUCUACCUUGAUGGACAUGCAUUCCUUUGAUCCAUUUCCAUUAAACCAGGUCCAUUAGACCAUUCCAUUAAUGAAGGGAUUUCAUCUGAGUGAUUACUGAUUUCUUUGUGGCACCGCAAGAUGGUGUAGUACUGUACUUAGAUUCUGAAACAACGAAAUACUUAGUAUAUUCAGUUAUAUAACAAAAAACAAAGAAUACAGUUGAUUUCUUCAAAUGAUCAUAUAGUGGGGAGUAAACCCCAUUCAAAAGGAAAACCACCACGUGGAGCAGUGUUGGGUUCAUAACAUACUUGCUGUAUGUAGAACAGCUGUCACAUAGAAUUUAAGGCAAAGGUGCAUGAACAAAUUAUUAUGAAGUAAGUGAGGAUGGGGGUUUUCCUUGGAUCAGCUACUCUACUUUACCUGCCAGUGUGCACAUCUGACCCUGUGGAAGCUAACUGACAGCACCUUAGUCUAUUAAUGAAAAAAGAAAACUAGGAAACUUAACCAGUAAUGCUUAAAGAUCCAGGGCUUUAGGAUUAGGCAAUGACUCCCGGAUUAGGUAAUAACUGAGCAGUAGUUUUGAGGAUCUAAAUUUUGGACUUAGAUGGCUAAAGUGGCAGUUAGAUGUCCAAAUCUUUUUGUCCAUCUGCUUUUCCAUGCAUACCAUCAGGGUAAAUUGCCCUGAAGCACUGUCUAUUCCAUUCCACUCUCAGGGCCUAUUCAUUAGAUCACACUGAAGAAGCUUGUCAUCCAAGGUAAAUACCAUUCACAUUCAAAGAAAGCAUUAUAAAGUUGAAUGUUCCAAAACUGCCAGCAAAAAGAGCCUUUGAUUUUAAACAAGCCAACAACACAAGGUAAACAUGGUAAAGCUCUGGCAAAUGAAGCCAGUUUACAUUAGGCAACAAUAUGUUGAACAAUAAGAUAUGAUACAGGCUUUUAUUUUAGGUUGGAAACAAAUUCCCAUCUUGUAAUGAUCUAUAUAUUUUCCUUUCUGCCUUAAUGCAAGUGUUUAACUCUCACUGAUAUUAUUAUAAGUUCAGUGUACAUCUGGAAUGGAAAAUAGGUCUCUCUGCAAUAUAUUAGUGGUAUAGAACUAAACGCAAUAGGUUAUUUAAACAAAAUGACAUGUUAAACUGCUAACUGCUGGGUUUUAGACCAGAGAUUUAUGAUUAGAACCUUAUCUGGUACAACAUAGUUUAGCUCUACUGCUAUGCUGAUUUAUUCCAGUUGAGGAUUGGGACUUGAAGAUUUGGCAUCAUGGAAAAGUAGAAAGGAAAACCAUCACUGACAUAUCUAGACCAAACAUCCAUCCUGUGAGGGGAAAAAAGAUUUAUGCACGUAUGAUUUAUGGAAUGAGUUGAGCACUUUUCAUUUUUGCAGCCUGAUUUUUCUUGUUUUCUUCAGUUCACUGAGAGUUGGGAAACCCAAAGUGAUGGGCAUGCCUAGUUAAAAUCCUUGGAUGUCUUUACAUAUGCUCUGGGGUGGUUGGAGGGAGAGGGUGGGGGGUGUUAAUUAGAGCAGCUUUCAGGAGCUGCUUUAAUUAAAAUGCCUACAGUAUCCUGUCUAUUCGGCUUCAAAAUGAUGGUGGUGGCACUUAAGCUUGUUUGAUGAGCUUUAGUUAAAGAACCUCUGCCACCAUUUUGAAAUGCAGGGAUGUUGAAUAUACAUGAUGCUGAGGCUGCUCGAUCGGUUUCAAUUAAUCAGUCCCUAUUAAUUGAGUCUGCUCCAAUGUGCUUUAAUUAGAAUGUGUUGGAGCACAUGUCUGGCACGUGUAUAUGUGCCCCUUGUUUAAAAAUGGCGUAUAAUCUAUAUUAAUAUAUCAAGAUUGGUAACUACUAGACUUCUUAUAGACUUUCUGGUGCUAAUCCCUACACUGAGAAAGAUGCUAGUUCACUUUACCAUGAUCCAAACUAGAGCUGGGCCAACUCCAAAGAAUAGGAUCAUAGGCCUGGAAAGGACCUCAUCAGAUCAUCUAGUUCAGUCCCCUGCUCAGGGCAGGGUCAUCCCUGAUUCAACCAUUCCAGACAGGUGUCUUUCUAAUCUGCUCUUGACAAUGUCCAGGGGUGAGGAUUCCACACUUUCUCUAGGUUGUCUGUUCCAAGGCUUAACCACCCUCAUAGUCAGAAAGUUGUUUCUAAUCUCCAAUCCAAUUUGGAGGCCAUUGAUUGUAGUUGUGUCCCUUAUAGCUGCAGAGAAUAGUUUGUCUCCAUCCUCUUUAGGUGUCUGAUGACUGUUAUCAAAUCCCUCCCAGCCUCUCUUCAUCAAACUAAAUAAUCCUAGUUCUUUCAGCCUUUCCUCAUAAAUUGUUUUUGGGUCUCUAAUAUUUUUUGUCACCCUCCACUGGAUUCCUUCUAAUCUGUCCAUUUCAUUCUUGGACUAUGGGACCCAAAACUAGACACAGUACUCCAGGUGAGACCUCAUUGGUGCUGAAGAAAGAAGAAUCACUUCCUUUCAUUUGCAAGUGACACGCCUGUUUGUACAACCUAUUAUGCUGUUGGAUUUUUUUUUUUUGCAACAAGAGCACGCUGUUGUCUCAUUUUCAGUUUAUGAUCCACUGUAACUCCCCGGUCCUUCUCUGCAGUACUGCAACCUAGUCAAUCAUUCCCUGGCCUAUGUAGGUGCAUACAAUUAUUCCCUCCCAAGUGCAGGGCUUUGCACUUGUCCUUGUAGAAUUUCAUUGCCUUGAUUUUGGGCCAUUUCUUCAGUUUAUCCCGAUCAUUCUGGAUCAUAGCCCUACCAUCCAAAGUGUCUACAACUCCACCUGACUUAGUUUCAUCGUUCAGAUCUUUAAUUGAAGAUGUUGAACAAUACAGGACAUAGAACAGACCCCCCUCCCCCCCCCCCCAACUGGAUGCCUGACUGAUGUAUUAGAGAUGUGUUUGUUAUUCAAAACUGUACAGCACAGAAAUAUGAACGAGUUCAGCCUUUGGAUUAUUUAUGAACUAUUUCCUAUGUCUAUGUUUUCAGCUCUCCUAUGCCAGUUUUUUGUGACGACAGAUAACCAAAGUGACAUGGAAUAGCUUUUGCUGCUCUUUGAAAGAGGAAAGAAGAGCACCGAGAUAUUCCAGGAUGGCCUGGUACACACUUCAGGCAUCUGUCUACCACCAUCAGAUCCAUUUGUUCAAGUAUAUCAGAUACAUUGGUUAGAUGCCUUUGCUUUCAAAACAAAUGCAGAACUUACUAGCAACAACAACAACAGCAAAAGUAAAUAUCUUUAAUGACUGCAGUGAUAAAUAAAAUGGGUCAUGAAUGCUGAAGUGAAUUCAUGAUUUUAUAUUUGAACAUUGGCUGCCACUACAUUUGUCAUUUUAGCCCAGCUCCCAUCAGAAUGUUCCCUAUGACAGACUGACCACAAUACAGAAUAGUAAUGACUGUGCAUCAGUGUUAUUAGCUCCUCGCUGUACAGCACAGCCAAAGACGGUAUUAUGCAGAUCUUGCAUAUUAAGUACUAAAACUCUGCUUGACUAAAAUGUUAGCAUUUACCUGCCCCACUUACAUUAUUAGUAUUUCAUGAAUAAUGGAAGCUUAUGCUGGUGAAUCCCUUGAACAUAUUCUGUGAAAAUAUUAGAGUAUGAGUACCGGAUCUUUUUAAUGCUUAAGAUUCCUGCUGAACAUCCUGUACUUAAAUGGCUUGAAAGAGCUGCUGGAACAUUUCCAGUACGUCAUAUAUUUCUCAGUGGAGGUCAUUUAAACUGCCCUACCCUGGGUUAUCACACAGUAAACAGAAGCAAAACAAUGUAAAACCACCCAACAGUGCAGCAGCUGCCUUUUGCAUGUAUUGCACAUAUUGUUACAAAUAAACCUUACAAUGGUAAUUGCACAUCUUAUCCUAUUUUGUAGACUGUAAUAAUGCCAUUCCAUUAUUGUUAUCAUUCUUAACUAUCAACCCAAACAAGAGCUGAUAUGAGGACAUCAGGAGAUUUGAAAGAAGGGCCAAACUUUAUAUUAACCUAAGUAUCUGCUAGAAGCUUGGAAGGAACAUACCAGUCUCAAAUUUACAUUCUUAUAAUUAAGAUGCAGUGGGCCUGACUGUGUACACCGUUAAAACCUACAUAGAAUGGAAACUCAAAACCAUGGAUUUAAAUACGUUUUUAUGUUUCGAGUACUUGCAAAUAACUGAACAAAUGAUUUGACCUUUCUAGUUCCAUCUCAAAAUCUUCCUCCCACUUUUGUUCAUCUUAAGGAUCUAAUUGAUUUUGGUUAGAAUCACAAUUUAUGUUCUUUCCUUUGCUAAGAGGAUAUAUACUUGAAUAGCUGAGAAGCGUAAUGUUUCAUUUAACAGCUGUGGUUAAACAAUGAUUUUGAAGUUAGAAGACUGCUAUUCAUGCUUCAGUCCAAGAAAUUGCCAAAAUUAUUUGUGAAAACAUAUCCUUUGCAAUGCUCCAGAAUAAAAAAAAUACCUCAGAAUAAAUAUGGAAAUCUAAAACCUGGAAUAAAUUAUGUGAUACAUGCUAAACUGCCUGCCUUGCUAGUUAUUGCAAUAAAGGGAUUACUCUUUUUACAGAAAUCAAUAAAAAUAUUCAGAGAAUAUUGCACUAAGGAGAAAUAUUUAAAAGCAGAUAUAAUGCCAUCCUGAUCUAGGUUAAUCUAUGAAAGAAAUUUUGCCUUAUCACUGAAGGAAAUUUGUUGUGUACCAUGAAGGCAGACUUUUAUUGUGAAGUCAUAGCAUAGUAUAGCAUAGUAUCUUUCUUUUGGGAAAAUAAAAAAAUAACAGUAGCAGUACUACUAUUGGUACUCUUCAGAUGGAAUAACCCUACUCUUUAAAACCGCAGUACAUGCUUAUUAGAUUUUUGAUGAAUAAACCUUGAAAUUACACUUGAUUCUAAAUGAGUGCUCUACACUCCCCUCCUACCUCUGCUCUGAUAUCUUUUGCAAACUCAUUUGGUCUAAGAUAUAUCCAUAUAGCCCACAGGGCACCCUAGAAACUAAAUAGCUUUGUAGAUUUGUGGAACUCCUGGAGAAUGAGAAGCUACACAAAUGUCUUCAAGUUGCAGACCUCAGUGCCCAAUGUGCCACCUAGUCAGAGAGUUUGUGGAAAUGUUUUAAAGGGGGUUAGACAAAUAUUAGACUAGGAUGGGAAAUAUCAUCCUGCCUUGGGCAUGGAGGAAUUGUACCAGAUGACCUUCUGAGAUCCCAUCCAACCCUAUUUUUCUAUGUUUCUGUGAUCUUACAUAUGAUAAGAGAGAAAACUCUAAACUUAAUAUAGAGUCAAGAAGGAGAACAAUACCUCCUACCCCUCUAGAGUUAUUAAACAUUUUGAAGUAGGGAACCAAUUAACUUCACUUUCAUUGCUUACAUGCUACAAUGUUCACAGGGAAACAGCAAUUUGAUUUUCCCCUUUGCUAAAGCAUUUGUAGGACAGCAGCCAAGACAUUUCACUUGGUUACAAAAAUAAACUGUUUGCAGACAAUGGCCCAGACAAAAAAAGUGUAUCUUCUGUCUGAUAGUGAAAAAAAGGUUUCCAAUCUCCAAAAUGUCUGUUUUAUAAAGCACUGAUUCCUUCAUCUGUUCCCAGGGAUUAUACUGCAAAUUAAAAUAGUGAUUGCUCAUAAACCUGGGCAAAUUAGUCAACUUGUUCCUGGUAAGAUUUCCCCAGUUCUUCAUAAAAUAAGGGCUUGUCUACACAUGGCUUUAUUUCAGAAAAGCUCUUUUUUAACCAAAUCUUGUGGGUUAGCUAUUCCAGAUCAAUUUCCAAUGCCAAUGCUCUGAUUCCAGAAUAAGGAUACAUACACAUAAAUUAGUUCCUAUGGAACAAAAGAUGAUAAGGAUUUACUGCCCAUCAGCUAGUCUACCAUAACUGACCUCAUGCAUGCUCUUACCUCAUUGUAAAUGAAAGCUAAAUCACAGUAGUUUAGCCCUUAAGGCUUUCUUUUCUUCUUUCAGAGGAAGAAUGUGCAUAUAAGCAGUUACUGCAGAAGAGAUGAUGUAUCAUGAACCCCCACCUCCUUUGACCUGGUAGUAACUGAUUUGUGUACCCCUGCUGUGCUACUGUUUGUAUUUUAAUCUACCUCAUUUUCAAAAUGGAUUAAAUUAAUCCACAAAGGGUCUUUACUGAUGCCAGAAUAAGAGCACCCACAUAUGCAUUCAAUCCAGAAUAACUACUCCAGUUUACACUUACCUCCUAUUUGAUUCCAGAUUAUUUUGUCUAGACAAGUUUUACACUGCUGUUAAUGGUUCUAGUUUCAUUUGCCAGAAAUGGUAAUUCCCUUAAAAGGUGUGCUUAUAUUGUAUAAUUUCAUUAAAACAGAUGCCUAACAGUU